AUGAACAUCUUUUUGUUGCUUCUUGUGCUUUAUUUCGCACGAAAUACCUUCGCUGAUGAGACUGAGUUUAUAUAUCCUGCGUUUGCUCCCGGUGUUGAUAUUCCGACAUUCGAAGGAGGCCAAAAUGCCAUAUUCAACUGGACGACAGAUGCCGACAAGCUUGACUUGCUUUUAUGGACAAACAAACUCGAUCGACCGAUUUCACUCGGAAAGGGUAUCUCGUCGAGCUUUUUCGUUUGGACCGUGGACUAUCACGCCUUUUUCAACACCGACCCCGAACCCAACUCUUUCUAUCAUCUUUGCCUUUAUUUCAAUGGCUCCACAAAAGUUUCAGCCCGAUCUGGAAAUUUCAAUAUUAUACAACCAUCAGUGAGGUCAUCCGUGUCCACUUCAACUCCAACACUCUGGACUGCACUUUCGACCUUCUCAUCGAGCAGUCCUUCAGACACAGCAGAUCAUGGUCCUGCGACAACAGCUUCCGGCACCGAAGGCCUCGGUGCAGGUGUCAUAGCCGGCAUCGUCGUCGGGACAAUCUUGGGGAUAGGCCUGUCCGUCUGUGUAGGAGUCCUACUGGCGAGGAGAAGAUACCGGGCAAACAAAGAUCCUAGCGACCAGGGAACUAGUCAGGAAGGAAGUGCUGUCUUUCCGAACGCCACCCCGACUGCCGAAUGCCAUUCGACUUGUCUGCAAGGCACAUCAGGAGGCGGGACCCUUUCUCAGUCACCCCCACCAGUUGAGCUUGGAGAGGGUAGACACACAUUCAAAGACCAAAAGCUUCUUCGGUCGGGUUCGCCGUAUGAGCUUGGGGAGGGUAUACCCUGCGAAACAGAUGUUGCAAGUCGCUGA